AGGUGGUGGAGACGGCGAGUGGGUUGGUGUGCGGGUGAGUGGAUGAGGGUUGGUUGUUCCAGCACAUCGACCCACUGCGAGAAGCUGGGUACAGGGGUAAGGGGUAGGGAGGUUGCAGGGUGGGAGGCUGCCGUGCACGAUGCUCGUCGUAAUCGUUCUGCACUUCGCCUGUGACGUCACGUGGGGAGGAAAGAAGGUCAUUGGGACGGGACACAAAAUUGGUAGUCUGCCCUUUGAGCUUUUGAUGCCUUUCACAUGCCUCACCGUGAGACACAGGUCCUAGAGGCGACGCACCUUCUCAUGCGAUUGAAUGUGACCGAAGCUUUCAUCUAGUUUACACACCGGAUGGUACCGCGGAUGCUCAAUUUAAAAAAAAAACCACCCUCGUAGCAGUACUUGGAUGUAUUUCUUCGUUGUCAUACGUACCUUGAUUUUUAAUUUAUUCAUUUACUAGUACUGACAAAACAAGUAAGAGCAGAACAUUAAAAAACAUGUUUGAUUAAUUAACCGGAAGUUGAACCCUGCACAAUUUUUGGCACAUGAAGGGCAACACACUCUUCUGAAAACUUCCGCACUCAACCCUGUUUACACCUUUUUCUUUUCAUCACUGCCAGAUUUACAAAAAAAAAAAAAAAAGAAGAAAAGAGAAGAGAGCGAACAGACAAAUUAAACCGAGAUGAUUGAAGCCGACAGACUUCUCACCUUGACCCGCUACCGUGGCUCGCUGCGCAUGCGCGAGAUGAAAGCUUGCGGUGUUGGACGGAGGGACCGAGAGCGUGCGAGUGCGUGGAGAAGGUUCAGCGACAGUCGAACACCACAGCAGUGUGGAGCGUGACGUAGCCAGGGCCACGACAAAGGAUGCCGGCACCAGCACCCUUCUCCUGAACCAGGCGACCUUAUCGCUCUAGGGGUGAAAGUUCACAGGAAGGUGAAAAUAAUAGCUGCAUCCCGCGUGUAAACCAGUGGAGUUCUUGCGCCAUUAUUAUUGUUGCUAGCUGUAAACUUCUCCCACAAAACUGUGCACAAGUGGGAGCUCCGCCAUCAACCAGUCGUGAACUAGUGUGAGUUCCCUUAGCCACCAUUGUGAAAUUUUGUUUCUCUAUUUCGGCCACUGAUUGCAAGUUAGGUGACACUGUGUACAAAGUGUGUUAGUAAAAGUCAGCCAACCACACCAGAACAGCUGCUGAAGCUUGCAGAGGGUCAAACGGAAAGAUUUGUGUCGACGAGAAGUUUCGAACCCCGCCUGUUCCCUCGGUCCACCUUGCUGACGUCACGACUUUGCAGGCGAAGUUCCCCACAGGCGCCAUAUUCGCUGGUCGCCACCGUUAAAUGCCUCUUUCUUGUGACGCCGCUGACGUAGCAGAAGCCAUCAGUUCUGCGCAAGCGCAGUCCGUACGUCCGUCAUCUUCCACGUCCAGCGUCAUCAGACAUGGCGGGGAGCGUCCUGGAGCUGAGCGACGUGGGACGCUACAGCAGCGAAAGUAACCUGACCAACGGCAACAAGUUUACCCGGGGUGGCUGCUACGUCAGCAGACCCUUGGGGAUCUUUCUGGUCGUCCUUGCCAUCGCCAUCGCCGUCGGCGUGGCCGUCGUCGGGUACUUUGUUGGCGGCCCGCGAUCCGGCCACAUCCUCCCCGACCCCAAGAAAGCCCCGGCCAAAGACGUUCGUCUGCCGACGUCACUACAACCUGUGUACUAUGAUCUUGAACUUCAACCUCUGAUGUAUUCGGGUGACCCCAGAGAGUUCACGUUUCGCGGAUACGUGCGCAUCGUGAUAAAGUGCCUGCUGGCGACCGACAACGUCACCCUGCAUAUCAACCAACUGAAUAUCACCGACAGCUCCUUGACCUUCUCAGCGGAGUCGCCCACGUCAUCGGACCCUGCGUACACAUCAUGGGAAGAGGACAAGACCCGACAGUUUCUGAUUAUUCACCUGGAUCGCGACAUGACACCUGUUAGAUACAUUCUGCAGAUGAACUUCACUGGACCUUUGAAGGACGAUCUUCACGGUCUUUACCUCAUCUACAGGAGAGGAAACACGACCGUGUACCUGGCGACGACGCAGUUCCAGCCCACUGACGCGCGAAAGACUUUCCCGUGUUUCGAUGAGCUGGCCAUCAAGUCUCACUUCAACGUCACACUCAUCCGCCCAGAACACCUCAACAGCCUCUCCAACACCCCCAUCAAAGACUCUUCCAGAAAAUGGUCGGAGGAUGGCAUCUCCUGGGUGGCAGAUGUGUACGAGACCACACCGAAGAUGUCUACCUAUCUCCUCGCUUUCGUCGUCAGCGACUUUGUCAGUCUGAAUGCCACCACUGCCAACAACAUCACGUAUCGGGUGUGGACUAGACCUGAAUACAUCCAGCAGGGUGCUUACGCCCUGGAAGUUGGAAGGCAGAUUCUCACAUUCUUUGAAGAGUACUUCGAGAUUCCGUACCCACUACCCAAGCAAGACAUGAUCGCUAUUCCGGACUUCGCCGCCGGCGCCAUGGAGAACUGGGGCCUCAUCACCUACAGGGAGACAUCAAUGUUGUACCAGCCUGGAGUGUCCAGCCUUCUGGACAAACAGUGGGUCGCCGUAGUCGUCUCACAUGAGCUGGUGCAUCAGUGGUUCGGUGACCUUGUGACCCCGUCCUGGUGGGACGACCUGUGGCUGAACGAGGGCUUUGCCAGCUACAUGGAGUACGUCGGUGUCGACUUCGUCCACCCCGAGUGGAACAUGUAUGACCAGUUCGUCAUUUGGGACCUACAUGACGUCUUCAGCUUCGAUGGCCUGCUUUCGUCACAUCCGGUAUACGUACCCGUGUUUCAUCCGAAUGAAAUCAACGAGAUCUUCGACAAGGUGUCCUACGGAAAGGGUGCCUCCAUCAUCCGCAUGAUGAAACACUUUCUCGAGAAAACGUUCAAGAAGGGCCUUUCGAACUACCUCAAGUCCCGGUCUUACGACGCUGCCUUUCACGAUGACCUCUGGGCAUCUAUGACUAUGCAAGCCCAGAUUGAUGGGAAGAACCUCAACAUUAAAUCUAUAAUGGACACGUGGACCCUGCAGAUGAACUAUCCAGUUGUGACCUUGACCCGUGAAGGACCCGAUAAUGUGAAGGUCACCCAGACCCGCUACUUGCAGGACCCGGCAGCCAAUGACCCCGGCAAAUACGCAUCUCCAUUCGGGUACACGUGGGACAUUCCACUCACCUUCACCAGCAGCCGAGAAAGGAACUUCAAUAAGACGGACGCCGACGUGCACUGGCUGUGGCGCACGAUCUCCAUGAGUGUGAUACGUGCACCGGACCAAUUACCUCCCCUGAGUGACCCCAAUGGCUGGAUUAUCGGCAACGUGUUGCAAUACGGGUACUACCGCGUCAACUACGACAUCGCUAACUGGAACGCCCUCUGCCGUCAACUCCAAACUAACUAUAAGCUCAUUCCUGCAAUCAAUCGCGCCCAGAUCAUCAACGACGCGUGGAGCUUGGCCAGGGGAUGCUACCUGCCGCUGGAGAUCGCCCUCAAGACGGUGGAGUACCUGCACGAAGAGAUGGAUUACGUCCCUUGGACCGUGGCGAAGCAGGAGUUGAUGUACGUGGACAUCAUGCUGUCACGAACAGCUCUCUACGGCGACUUUCAGGUACAGCCAUUAAGUGGUGGACAAUGCACAGAGCAGGAUCAUAUUAUCUGGUUAAGAUUACAGGAGGAGAAUACUGCAAGCAUUAUACAGCUUCACAAUUGCAAGGGAGCGUGUGUGGUGCAAAGAUUAGGAAAUAACAUAGAGGGAGAAGUUCAUGCUGUCCAAAGUGCGAGGCCCUUUCAGUGCCCUAGGGCUGAACAACACUGGGGCCACACACCUGGAAGCAUUUACACGGGCAGCGCUGGCAUCGAGGCUUGUUACUAUGGAAACGAAGACUGUAUAGGAAACGCCACAGCCCUGUUCCGGGAGUGGAUGACACACCCGCAGACGAACCUGAUAGACCCAAGUCUCAAGACCACCGUGUACUGCACGGCCAUCCGCGAGGGCGGGCUGGCUGAGUGGGACUUCGCCUACGAGCAGUACAACACUGCGACAGUCGCCGCGGAGAAGACGAGGCUCCUGAGGGCGCUGUCCUGCUCCACGCACGUCUGGAUACUCAGCAGGUUUCUGAAGCUGUCGUUGGUCUCGUCAGAGAUUCGUAAGCAAGAUGCCCUCAGGAUCAUUCAAAGCGUCUCUGAAAACGAGAUUGGGAGGAGUCUUGCGUGGGACUUUUUAGGGCCAACUGGCCAGCGUUGUACAAGGAGUAAGUCUGUCAUCGCCAUGUUUAAAGACUUAGGCUUCCAAAGUGUUGGGUUACCUAUAGCUCUCCCACCGAUGCAAAUAGAAGUGCAACGGUCGUAA